AUGCAGCAGCAAUUAACCUUUUCAGCAAACAACGAGGCUAUAAAUGCGCAGCGAACCAGAAUCUAUGUUAAUGAAGGAGAUCAAAAUGUAGAGAUCCCCUGCCAGAUUCCGAAGAAUGUUCUGUAUAAUCCAGACACAAAGAUCAAGUGGGUUUUUACGCAAAUGGACUAUCAAAAUGGAAGCUGGAUCAACGAGAUACAGACAAUUGAAGACAAGCCACAAAGUUUGAAUGAAUUUUUCGAAAUAGGCGCUCAGAAGCAGUUGAUUUUGAAAGGGAUCGCCACUUCAGAAAACAUCGGUUUAUACAGAUGUCAAGCUUGGGGUGAUAGAGUGUCCUUCUCGUCGCAGGUCUAUCUCAUCCUCUAUUCCCCGCCAGAAGAAGACCAACGCUUUCCAGAAAUUUUCGCCAAAUCACAGAAUAUGCAUUUCGCAAAAGGCCGCUCAAGUAGCCUAGCAAUGUGUAUAUCUGGCUACGCAAGACCAGUGCCUAAAAUUUACUGGGAAGUGCUCGACGAAGACGGUAAACUAGUUUCCACACUGAGACCGACGACAGGCCCGUACUCCCCUAACCCACCGCAAAUCAAAAGCUCCGAUCACAACUUUUACCAUGCGAUAGCGUUAGAGCUGAUGCCAGAGCACGGGUUAACUGUAAAUUUCGACAAACACAGAUUUCGUUGCGUCGUCGAGUACUUUUCAGGCCUUGGCGAAGAAGUUGAAGUCCUCCGUUAUACAAAAAGCUACCCAACAAACGGAGGAAUACGAAUUUACCACGCAGUCACGCAAGUCCAAGCAUUUUACAACGGAGAAGACAUGAGUGGCAAAACGAUUACACUUGUUGCGGAUCAAACGGCGAGGAUUUAUUGCAGAGGAAAUGGCUUCCCAGCCGCGGAUUUUGACAAGGAGAAGUUCAUCGUGAAUCGGAAUUCUGGAGAAACAGUUGUUAGCUGCAAUGGAAGAAAUGCAAUCAACGAGGAAAUUGACGAGUAUCCUUUGCCAGCUGUCGUCAGACUAGAUUUUGUGAAACUUGAGCCAGUUGUUGUUGUUGAUCGCAGUCCCGAUUCUUUUCCGACUGUCUUCAAAUGCAAAUUCAAGCAGUUCGCGAUCAAAGACGCAGUUGUUAACAUAGCCUGGUUUUCAGCAGACUCAUUAAUCAGUGUUCGAAGUGAGUUUCGCUUCGAUUCCAAGAUCAUGAGCGACUAUAAGAGUCUGCAAUGCUCUGUCACUGUUACUAUCAUGAACGAAGAUUUCACUGAAAUCUCGCCUCACUUUUCACUGGCUCCGUAUCAACAGAAAAAACCUCGCAUUGAAGUAGUCGUGGAUGAGGCUGAUUACGAAAUGAAAGAAGACUUAGCGCCUGAUCAACAAGUGAGCGCGGCUAAUACUGGCUCUUUGAUCGCCGUUUGUGCAGUGUCGGCGGCUUUAUUUGGCUCUCUGACCGCCGUGGUCACUCAAUAUGUGCUCAAAUCCCGCGCUGACCUUGGCAGCUCAAGCGACACGGCUGAGCUGCAGCCUAAUUUGCCGACAACACAAGACCCGCAAUUGAAUCUCCGUGAUCACACUAUUCAGCAAACUUCCCGCUCUGAAAAAGAAAGCUACCGCGCUGCCAUCUACAACAUCUGA